UAAACCUUAAACUGCAUUUAUAGAUAGCUUUGCUUCCUCUACUCACUUUCUUACUCUCUUUGAUUAAGGUCUUCAUGGCUUCCAGUACUCUUCAAAACAUGUUCUCUAAUUUUCUCAUUUUUGCUGCCACAUUUUCUCUCCUAGUCAACUACUGCUUCUGCUUCUACCCGAAGCUCCUUAAUGCCUCAUUGGCUGCAUCUGGGUCUGAUUGGUCCCCAGCAGGAGCGACGUGGUAUGGCAGCCCCACAGGGGCUGGAAGUGAUGGUGGAGCUUGUGGAUAUGGAAGUACCGUGGAGCAAGCCCCAUUUUCGGCAUUGGUAUCGGCCGGAGGUCCUUCUCUUUUCAAAUCUGGCAAAGGAUGUGGAGCCUGUUAUGAGGUAAAAUGCACGACUAAUUCGGCCUGCUCUGGAAACCCUGUUACCGUAGUAAUCACUGAUGAAUGUCCUGAAUGUGUUUCGGAGUCCGUUCAUUUUGAUUUAAGUGGUACUGCUUUUGGUGCCAUGGCAAAUUCUGGCCACGCUGACCAACUCCGUAAUGCUGGAGUCUUGAAGAUUCAAUAUAGAAAAGUUGAAUGCAACUAUCCUGGAACGACCGUUGCAUUUCACGUUGAUUCUGGCUCUAAUCCAAACUAUUUCGCCACCCUUAUUGAAUAUGAAAAUGGAGAUGGUGACCUUGCUUCGGUUGACCUUAAACAGGCGCUAGACACUGCCUCCUGGCAACCUAUGCAACAAUCUUGGGGUGCAGUCUGGAAACUUGACGCUGGCUCUACGUUGCGGGCUCCGUUCUCUAUCAGGCUAACAUCACUCGACUCUGGCAACACCCUUGUGGCAGCUGGUGUCAUUCCUGCUGGUUGGGAGCCCGGAAAAACCUAUAGAUCAGUUGUUAAUUUUAAUGGCUAAGCCCCUAAACAUAACUAUAUUGGCACAAAUUAGUAUGCGUAUGCUUGUAUAACAAGUUUAAUACGUACACCUACCACAUGAUAUUCUUCCAUGUCUUAAUUGCCUGAUUACAUAUGUUUAUGGGAGAAUUAUUAUUAAUAAAAUAUAG